ACAUCGAUGCUCACGAAGACAGUCAUUGGACGUUCUGGAUCGUAUGUGUGCUGUACGAGGACAAAAGUAUGCAUUUCAUGACAAUGUAGCCCUUUUCCUGUUACAUCGCGUGUGACCAUGAAAUAGCUAAUCUCCCGGGAUUCCCAUACACUCCGUCAUUAGCUCACGAGCCAGAGACAACAUAAACUGGAUAUACAAACCCGACACCUCGGAAUCAAUGGGUAACAUCGUGAAAUCAAAUCGACAACUUUCAGCGAGAGAGGAUCAAACACUCACACUGUAUCAGCUAUGGAAGCUAAAGAGUACCCGGUGCAGGAAAUAAUUGAAUAUUUUGAAGCUCAAACAGCUGAAAGAGUUGAUUCCGAUAUUGAACGCUUUGCAAGGGGAAAUACAGAAAACGCAAAAGUCGUUAGAAAGCUGAUGAGAGAAAGAUCAAUUCACACUAACUCAUCUGAAGGAUGUCAUCGUGAAGUGAUGAAGGGCGAAAUGGUUAAGGAGGAACAAAGUAAUGGAAUUCCUGAUGAAGCCAUCUUGGAUGAAGGGGACAACAUACAACACGUGACCAGAGCUCUACAGGAUGGACAAGUUGUAGGCGUCAGAGAAGGGGAUGACAUCUUGGAGGAAGACGACACCAUACAACACGUGGCCAGAGGUGUACAGGAUGGACAAGCUGUAGGCGUCAGAGAAGGUGAUGACAUCUUGGAGGAAGAGGACAACAUGCAACACGUGACCAGAGGUGUACAGGAUGGACAAGCUGUAGGCGUCAGAGAAGGAGAUGACAUCUUGGAGGAAGAGGACAACAUGCAACACGUGACCAGAGGUGUACAGGAUGGACAAGCUGUAGGCGUCAGAGAAGGAGAUGACAUCUUGGAGGAAGAGGACAACAUGCAACACGUGACCAGAGGUGUACAGGAUGGACAAGCUGUAGGCGUCAGAGAAGGAGAUGACAUCUUGAUGAAGAGGACAACAUGCAACACGACCAGAGGUGUACAGGAUGGACAAGCUGUAGAAGUGAGAUGA